AGUCUUCUGUCAAAUUUCUUAUUAGUCAGUAGUCGGUUGUUGAUUUUUCCUUGGCGGUGCAGCUCCACCAGUCGUAAACAGAAUUUCCACCAAAACAUAGCGUGUGGUCAAAGUAGAUAGCUCCCAGAAUAGAAAGAGCAUCCAUCGCGUAAAGUUUUUAGUAUAAUUUACAUAAAAAUCACGUACCAAUUGCGCUUUUCCGUAAGUGAACAAGUGAAAUUUCACUUUGCAUGUGGUGGGUGAAGAAGCGCCCCGCGUGAGUGUGUGUAUGUGCAACAAAUUUCGAGUGCAUCAUAUUUAGCAAAUAAAGGAAAUUUAAGUGCAAUUUUGUUUUUUUUUUAUACGGUUUUUAGUGAUUUGUUUUGAGUUUUUGGUGUGUUUAUGGGGUUUCAUAUUAAAUUGUUGCGUCGGGCAAUUGGAAAUUGAAACCAAAACAAUCCCCCCCGCAGGUGGCGGUGGGUAGCCACAAAUGAUAGAUGAUUUUCGGUGUGGGCGAUUUGCAGGUUGUGCAUUCAAGGUGCCGGCGCAAAACAGUGUUUUUGCAGCGUGUGUCACAUCUUUUAGGAGGCGUACCUAACAGAUUGUUUGAAGAAUUUCGAGAAGAGAUAUGCAAAUAAUUUGAGUCAUGAUGGAAAAUAUUACUGAAAGUUGGACCUAUUAUAUGUACGUGCUGCUGACACUGGUUCCAGUCUAUUUGGCAUUUCAAUUAAUUAAGUUUUUCGGCUGGGAAUUGUUUGUCAACAACUGACACAAACUAUAUAUAUAACAAAAACAACUAUAACAAUAACAAAUAUAACGAACAAAAUAAAGUGUUUUCUAACAUAGCAGUACCAAGUUGCUAGUGGUAGCUGAUAAAGCACAAAUAAGCUCCGGACUAACCAAAAAAUAAAUGAAUGACUCUUAUAACACCUUGAGGAUAAUACAAGCAACGGUGAAUAGGUGAGGAUCGAGUAAUAGCUCACCAUCAGCAAUAAAAAUAAUAAAUAUAGCAUAGUCAAUGUCUUGCGCUCAACCAACGCAGUGAGUACAAGAAACGCUGGCAGCCAGCGUGGCAUAAAGAAAGCGAAGUCUAAACAAAAAACAAAAGCAACAAGAACAACAAAAAACUCUAAUAUCAUCUACGUGAAAAAGGUGUGUGUAGAAUCCCGUUAGCAGUGCAAGUGCCAAAGUGUAAACCGGUUGUUGUUUGUGUUAUUUGUGUGGGGGAGAGUGUGCGAAGAAUUAUUCAGCACACAGUAAGCACGCGAGGAAGUCGCUCCUCGUCGUCGUCGUCGCCAAAGUAACGUUACUGCUGUGGCCCAGCUAAGUGGUGAAAGAAUAUCCACUGGCACCUACAUAAGCAACCGAGCAAGCACAAGCGCGUCUUGGCAGUUAGCAGUUGGUCCAAGUACCAGUCAGUACUCAGCUACACACAUACAUACAUACUUACACACGUGCAAACACACGAGCGGCAGGGGCAGCGGGACAGUAAUUUCCUUAGCCAGCUUUUUUACAUUCUUACACACACACACACGCACGUACAUACGUGCAGCGUCAUCUUCGUUUGUGGCCGCAGUGCAUGCAAUUCUAACCACACAUAGCUGUAUAUGUAAAUGUGUGUGUGUUUGCGAUUUUUGCUCAUUGCUAUGCGCCCGCGUUUGGCAUACAAAUGAAGAAAUAUGAGUGCGCGUUUUUAAACUGAAAACGUUGUUGAGCCGCACAGCAGUAACAGCAACAGUAACAACAACAACAACGUCAAUAAUAACAAAAGCAAAAAGCUGCGACAGUGUAAGACAUGCACAGUGGGUGCUAAGAGUAUACUAACAAUAAGAAGUAGCAAAAUUCCAACAACAACUUCAAGGAAAGUCAAUUCAAGCACCAUAAAGCCAGCCCAAACCAGCGCUACGUCACUCGCCCGCGCGCUCAAGUCAUCAGUGACGUCGUUAACAGCAUUGUCGCCGUUGUUGUUCUCAUACUUAUACUACAUACAGUCGCUGUGUUAUCCACGUCCUCUGUAUCAGCCAGCUUCUAUGUUUUCGUCUUCGUCCUCAACUUCGUGACCGUCGUCAUCAUCGUUAUCCGGUUUGCACUCGCCACUGCGUCCGUUAGUAUAUAUUACAGUUAGAGUGUAGUGUGUGCGCCGCAGGAGCUGAAGCGUUCCAAUAUUAGAGCUAUAAGCAAACGUAGAAAUCAAAUCUCGUGUAGCUUUAAAUGAAAUAUUAAUAUUUGUCAUCAUUCGUUUGGCGAGUUAAGUUGGCUGCGGAACGUUUUUCCGCCAAAGUCAACGCGCCGCAGUGGGUGACUCGCCAGAGUUGACUUGCAAGUCAAAAAUAUUUAGAAGCAAAAAGUCAAAAAAAAUAAAGCAAGACAGCACGAAGGAGCACAAAACACACCAUAUUACAAGCAUACCCACUCAGCGACAAGCAUUUAAACGCACAACCUUAAAAGUAGAAAAUAAAAACGCGAAAAAGCAAAAUUU